AUGAGAACAGAGUGGAUAGUGGUACGUAGCUUACUGACUGACUCAACCCUGAGCUCUAUGAGAACAGAGUGGAUAGUGGUACGUAGCUUACUGACUGACUCAACCCUGAGCUCUAUGAGAACAGAGUGGAUAGUGGUACGUAGCUUACUGACUGACUCAACCCUGAGCUCUAUGAGAACAGAGUGGAUAGUGGUACGUAGCUUACUGACUGACUCAACCCUGAGCUCUAUGAGAACAGAGUGGAUAGUGGUACGUAGCUUACUGACUGACUCAACCCUGAGCUCUAUGAGAACAGAGUGGAUAGUGGUACGUAGCUUACUGACUGACUCAACCCUGAGCUCUAUGAGAACAGAGUGGAUAGUGGUACGUAGCUUACUGACUGACUCAACCCUGAGCUCUAUGAGAACAGAGUGGAUAGUGGUACGUAGCUUACUGACUGACUCUUCAAUCUGAGCUCUGAGAACAGAGUGGAUAGUGGUACGUAGCAUACUGACUGACUCAACCCUGAGCUCUAUGAGAACAGAGUGGAUAGUGGUACGUAGCUUACUGACUGACUCAACCCUGAGCUCUAUGAGAACAGAGUGGAUAGUGGUACGUAGCUUACUGACUGACUCAACUCUGAGCUCUAUGAGGACAGAGUGGAUAGUGGUACGUAGCUUACUGACUGACUCAACCCUGAGCUCUAUGAGAACAGAGUGGAUAGUGGUACGUAGCUUACUGACUGACUCUUCAAUCUGAGCUCUGAGAACAGAGUGGAUAGUGGUACGUAGCAUACUGACUGACUCAACCCUGAGCUCUAUGAGAACAGAGUGGAUAGUGGUACGUAGCUUACUGACUGACUCAACCCUGAGCUCUAUGAGAACAGAGUGGAUAGUGGUACGUAGCUUACUGACUGACUCAACCCUGAGCUCUGAGAACAGAGUGGAUAGUGGUACGUAGCUUACUGACUGACUCACCCUGAGCUCUAUGAGAACAGAGUGGAUAGUGGUACGUAGCUUACUGACUGACUCUUCAACCCUGAGCUCUGAGAACAGAGUGGAUAGUGGUACGUAGCUUACUGACUGACUCAACCCUGAGCUCUAUGAGAACAGAGUGGAUAGUGGUACGUAGCUUACUGACUGACUCAACCCUGAGCUCUAUGAGAACAGAGUGGAUAGUGGUACGUAGCUUACUGACUGACUCUUCAAUCUGAGCUCUGAGAACAGAGUGGAUAGUGGUACGUAGCAUACUGACUGACUCAACCCUGAGCUCUAUGAGAACAGAGUGGAUAGUGGUACGUAGCUUACUGACUGACUCAACCCUGAGCUCUAUGAGAACAGAGUGGAUAGUGGUACGUAGCUUACAGACUGACUCAACUCUGAGCUCUAUGAGAACAGAGUGGAUAGUGGUACGUAGCUUACUGACUGACUCAACCCUGAGCUCUAUGAGAACAGAGUGGAUAGUGGUACGUAGCUUACUGACUGACUCAACCCUGAGCUCUAUGAGAACAGAGUGGAUAGUGGUACGUAGCUUACUGACUGACUCUUCAAUCUGAGCUCUGAGAACAGAGUGGAUAGUGGUACGUAGCAUACUGACUGACUCAACCCUGAGCUCUAUGAGAACAGAGUGGAUAGUG